AUGGGUCUAGAUGGCGAGCAUAUCAGUGCCCAUGCCAGUCUGACAUCGCCGGCCACCUUGGACAUGUCAUUCGACCCAUGUCCCACGACGCCGCUCCUUGAGCUUCACCAUGACCAUGAUGCCCACGCCACGUCUCUGCCGACCUCCAACAGCGAGGCCCUAGCCGUCGAGCGUGAAAUGGACAUGGAUGGCCUCGCCGUGGCCUGCAUCGUCGCGCAAAAGCCCGUCUCCGUGACCCUUGACGGCCCCACCAUCUGCGCCCUGACCGUGCUCCUCGUCUGUCUCGUCCACUGCGUCGAGACGCCGCUCGCUGAGUGCCUCAUCGUCUCGGUGCCCCUCCUGCUGCUCAUCCACAACGACUACAACAAUUUCCUGGGGCUCGGCCCCGGUGGCACGCCGCCUACCUUUCAGGGCUAUGCCCGCAUCGCCUGGCUCCGCCUCUGGGCCCUCCGCGAUCCCUUCACCCCGCCCGACCCGGACCCCACACCGGGCCGCCUGCCGACCCGCGGCCGUUUCCUAGCCGGCACCAACGCCCCGCCAAGCAGGAGCAGCAGCAUCCACGGCGGCAGCAGCAGCAGCAGCAGCAAUACCAACACCGACGUGGACGCCCUCCCGUACCGCCCCGGCCCUCGCCCCGUCGUCGCCGGCAUCGCCCCGCAGCGCCAGCUCGACCAGCACGGCGCCAAGCCCCAGUACCGCGCCCUGCGCCGCACCCUCGAGCACCUCGCCGCCCGCCGACCCGGCCGCUUCGGCACGGCCCGCUCGUGCCUGGAGAAGCACGGCCUCGGCCUCUUUGCGCGUCACCCCGUCAACGUCACCUGCAACGGCGAGGUCUGCCACGUCCACGACUCGGACCACUCGCUGCACAUGACGCUGCACCCGGACGACAUUGCCGAGGUGCUGCGCAAGGGCUGGGGCCAGCGCCACCCGCUCGCACGUAAGGGCUGGUUCGGCGCCAUGCCGGUGCCCGAGGAGUUUCUCAUGGUGUACGCGCCGAGGGACGACCAGGAGCUGCAGAUCGUGUGCAGAAUCAUCGAGGCGGCCAUAUGGUACGUCACUGCCGAGAGUGAACAGAUUGAGGUGCUCUACAGGUCGCGAACAUCCUCCAUCGCCUCUUCCAAAUAA